CUGCAGGUUGAGACUCUGAACGAGGCCAUCUUCCCACGCAGCAAUGGCACCCACGCUUGCUACAGCCCAUCGCCGGCGCUGGUGGAUGGCAUUCACAGCCAUCAUUGAGAACCUGCUCUUCUCUGCUGUCCUGCUGGGCUGGGGGUCCCUCCUCAUCAUGCUGAAAGCAGAAGGGUUUUAUUCCUACCUGUGCCACGAGUCAGGAAACGCCACCGGCAGCCCUGAACACGAGAACAGCACAGCUUCAGAGCAGAAAUGGCCUUCCUGCAAUGCCCAGGAUGAAAUGUUGAAUUUGGCCUUCACCAUUGGGUCCUUCCUGCUCAGUGCGAUCACACUGCCCCUGGGGAUUGUCAUGGACAAGUACGGCCCUCGCAAGCUGCGGCUGCUUGGCAGUGCCUGCUUUGCUGUGUCCUGUGUGCUGAUCGCGUAUGGUGCCAGUAACCCAGACUCUCUGUCUGUGCUGAUAUUCAUUGCACUGGCUCUGAAUGGCUUUGGUGGGAUGUGUAUGACCUUCACAUCGCUUACG